AUGUCAGCAAUUAUUUUUGGCGCCACAGGCCUCUGUGGCAGUGAAAUUCUCAAACAGUCGGUCGCUCUGGCCAAGUUCAAGGAAUUGACCUCGGUUACCCGCCGUGAGCUUGAUUUCUCCUCGGACAAGCUCAAGAAGAUUGUGGAGAAGGACUCAUCAAAGUAUCCUGAACUUGCAGCAGCAUCGAAUGCCCAGGUCUUGUUCUCGUCCUUGGCAACGACAAGAGCAGCGGCUGGGUCCGCUGAGAAGUUUGUGGAAAUUGAUCACGACAUCAACUUGAACGUCGCCAAAGCAGCCAAGGAGAGCGGCACCAAGACGAUUGUGCUCAUAUCCUCGGUAGGCGCCAGUGCUUCGUCCCCCUUCUUGUACAUGAAGACCAAGGGUCGUUUGGAAGAUGACGUGAUUGCUCUUAAAUUCCCGCAAACAAUCAUAUUGCGUCCUGGACCUUUGUUAGGCGAGCGUGAGAAGUCCAAGGGUUGGCUCAAUGACUUGUCUGCGGGCACGUUCAAGUUAUUCCACAACACCUUCAUUGGCAACAAUGUGAUUUACCCAAUCUUCGGCCACGAAGUGGGCAAGGCGGCUGUGCACUUGGCGGAGCAGUCCUUGGAUGAAAGUUCUGAAGAGCCCCAGGUGAAGAUUGUUGGCGGCAAAGAGCUUAUCAGUCUUGCCAAACUGCUCGAGUAA